CUGUGUGCGGUUGAGGAAGUGUGUUUAGAGUAGACUGCAUGUGUGAGCUGCUUCGGGCCAGUGCGGGUGUCUUCAAUAAGAGCUGAGCGGCUUUCUGUCAGGAGAAAUUAAGAGAAAAUCAUUUGACAUUGUUGGCAGAAUGCUUCAAAGAAAACCAUCCAAUGUCUCUGACAAAUCAAGGAACAAACCCAAGCGAUCCACCAGUUUUGGAAUUUUUGACAGACAGCAGCCCACCCAGGUCAAGGCAGAAGAGAAGGUAGAAAGUUUGCCCGUGGAAGCAGCUGAGGUGGAUCCCAGUAAAUCAGGAGGUCUCGGGAAGAAGAUGAAGAACAUCUCACUGACCAUGCGUAAAAAGAUGGGCCGGAAAUACACUAAAGCCCUGUCAGAGGAAAUGGGCGAGGAUCAUGAAACUGUGGCGAACGAAGCUGCGGUGGAACUAGUAGACCAUUUAUUAUUGGAUCACAAGUCUAAUCUGCAUUUUGGCAUAGAUGUGCUUUUGACAUUUCAGCCAUGUGUUUUGUGUGUUUUUUCAUUUCCUGUUGUUUUAGGUGGUGUGACCAGCGGCUCUGAGGGUUGUAGUAACAGGGACAGCCUUCGUUUAGAAGAUGUGCCCUAUACGGGCCAGUUCUGUGGAAGAGCCAAGGUCCACACGGACUUUGUCCCCAGUCCAUAUGACACAGAGUCUCUCAAACUCAAGGUGGGAGAUGUGAUUGAUAUCAUCAGCAAACCUGCAAUGGGAAUCUGGACUGGGAUGUUGAAUGGUAAAGUGGGCAACUUUAAGUUCAUCUACGUUGAUAUUCUGGUGGAAGAAAGUGUGCCGGAACCGAGGAUUCGCUCUCACCGGAGGAGCAGAACUCGACCCAAAACUCUUCAGGAACUUCUGGAAAGACUCAAUCUGGAGGAGCACAUUUCAUCUUUGCUGUUGAAUGGGUAUCAGACGGUGGAAGAUCUGCGGGAUUUGAAGGAGCAGCACCUCGUGGAGCUCAAUGUGACCGACCCUGAACACCGACACCGGCUGCUAUUGGCGGCAGAAUACCUGCAGGACCCUGAAUAUAAUAAUCAGAGCCACGGAGAGAAAGAUGAAGAGCCCAAAUCUCCCUCUGAACAAGUCAAAGCCGAACUGAACGACUGUCCCAGAGACUCGGGCUGUUACAUCGGAUCUGACUGUUCAGACAACAGUAAAGAGGACACAGAGACCCAGCUGGCCCCUCUCAGCCCACCUGCAACCCAAGAAUAACCACAGCCCUGCAUAAUGCUGUUCAUCUCGGCCUUGCCUGCCUCUGGUUGGUGCAAAGACUGUUACCUGCCGGCCACAACCUACUGUAUAUUUGUUCUUCAGUAUUUGACUGUAAAGCAGCCUUUGUGUUUCAGAGCUGUUGCAUUAAGGUGUCUCUGACGACACUGGAUUAUCUCACAUCAUGGACACUGUGAGAAGUAGUUAUAGAUAUUAAAGAUGACAUGUAAAUAUACUGUAAAUAUGGUGAGAUUGGUGAAGCUUUGCUCUUGUAAACGGUUUAAACUUUGCCUUGCAGAUGCUAGAGAAAACAACAAACUAUUGAGAUUACAAAUGCAUUAUUUUCAUGCAAUAAAAAAGAUAUCUUUAUAUCGUA